AUGCUACAACCUAUUUCAGGCAAUAAUAUUGGAAUAGGAGCGAAGUCGCUAUUCAGGAAGGUAGGUAAUGCUAAGACAAUCAAGUUUAUUAUUGUCUUGAUUGCUAUCGUGAAUAUCCUUUAUAUUAGUACCUUAUUGGUUGAUGAAAGGACUUCAUCCACUUUAACAUCGAAAUUCAAAAGCCAUGCAUCAUAUGUUUUAGAUAAUUUUUACGAAUCGGAUGACGAAGACACAGAAGCUUCAGAUGGAACUGUCUUCACGGAUAUACCCGAGGCAAAUACUGUUUACUCUAAUAACCAAAAGGAGGGACAAGAAACCGAGAAUAUCCAUAAAUAUGACAAAAAAUUGUACAAUAUACCAAAUAGACCGUACGAUCAGUUGUCUACCUCGGACAAGAUUUUAUUCAAGUUGAAUGAAAUUACUCAGGAUAGCGAGAAAUAUUGGUUGGGACAUACUGAAUUAACUGACUACGAGCUAGAAAUUCUGGUUGAUGAUUUCGUGAAAUCAGCUUGGAAAGACAAGCAAACAAUUUUUUAUGAUCCCAGAUUUACAUUGGCUAUCUAUAUUAAUGAAAUUAAAAACCAGUAUUUGAAGAAGAAUCCAGAUAACGAAAAACAUAAGAGCCACGAAGUUUUAGUACCAUUUGCUUGGUCUGAUUGGGUUGAUUUAACCAUGUUGAAUGAAGAGUUAUCCAAACCAGAGUCACAGAGAAAGAAUUGUGAGUAUAUGAAGGCAACUCAUCAUAUCCCGGCAAAGGAUUCCGAUUAUUGUGUUAACAAUGCAGAUAUUACAAAGGCAGACUUGAAGGAAAUGAAUUUACCCUCAACAAAGUUUGUACCUGGUUUUGCUGUUAAAAAAUCACCAACGAAUAAAGCUUCAAAUGAAGUUAGAAUGCUCGAAGGUAAAUCACAUUUAUUGACUUAUGCCGCUAAUCCAUUAGCCAUUAUAUUUUUAACUAGUGAUGGUGUGUUUGAAGCACAAGUAGAAGGUAAGCAGAGAAUUGUUGAUAGUAACCUUUUUGAAGACUUCUUAACUAGUACCAAAAACAAAAGCCCUAAGCUCAUUUUAAACCCAGUUAAAGAAUUUAAUGAUUUAUUGGCCAGCGUAAAGCCAAAUCCGUUGGACCCAGAGGAUGAUGAAUUUGGUAUGGUUGCCAAGAUAAAGGAUAAAAACCCUGAAAAUUCUAAAGAAGUCUACUUACCGCAAAAGGCAUUUGACUAUCAACAAGAUAAAAUAGAUACGCAACUUGAAGAAUAUGAAACAAGAAUGAAAACUUUGCAUGACUUAACAACCAAUGAACUUAUAUUUGAUCAUCAUACAAUUAACAAAUUAAAAUUAACCAGAAACGAGAGAAUCUAUUAUGAAGGGUUGAAAUAUGCAAAUAAGUUUGAAUUAGCAAAGGAACCAACAUACUUUAGAAUGGCCAGAUUGAAUUUUCAAACAGAAGAGAAUGACCAUGAUGCCGGGUGGCAUUAUGAAUGGAGAUUUUUUAAUGGGGCAUUGCGUUAUUUGAAAAAAGGUUGGAAUGAAGAAGAAUUAUUGAUUAGAGAAAAGGUUUUACUUGAUCGUAUUUUAAGAAAUUGGUUCAAGUUCGCUAACGAAAAGGGUAUUAUUUCUUGGAUUGCUCAUGGCCCAUUAUUAUCAUGGUAUUGGGAUGGUUUGUUAUUUCCAUUUGAUGAAGAUAUUGAUAUUCAAAUGCCAGCGGAAGAACUAACGAGGUUUUCAAAGUUAUACAACCAAACCUUAGUUGUUGAAGAUAUCAGUGAAGGAUUUGGUAAAUAUUUCAUUGACUGCUCAACGUUUAUUCACCACAGAGGUAAAUCUUACAAAGAAAACCAUAUUGAUGCUAGAUUUAUUGAUAUUGAUACUGGUUCUUAUAUUGAUAUUACUGGUUUAGGAAUUAGUAAGGAAGAGGCUCCAGACAAAUAUAAAGAUAUUGUAAACCAAGCGGCUAUAUUCAAUCAGCCAAAACCUGUUUACAACUGCCGUAACUUGCAUUUCUAUUCUUAUGACGAAAUUUCACCAUUAAGAUACACCAUGAUCGGUGGGGUUCCUUGCUACAUACCAAAUAAAGUUGAAGAUAUUUUGAAGGAUGAAUACACUAAAGGUAUGUCGGUUUAUGAUUUCGAAGGCUUUUAUUUCAUCGAUCCUCUUAAUUUGUGGAUUCAUCAACAAAAGCUUAAGUUUUUAUUUGACAAGUCACAUCCACAUCUCUUCAACGACAAAGAUGAGGUUACUAAUCGUGAGGAAUUUACCAAAUUGGUAAAAGAAAUGAAUGAGGAUCAAAUAUUAUCUUUGUUGGAGCAUAACGAAGAUAUUUUAUUAGAAUACUACUUAACCAAAGAUGUUACUGAUUUGCAUAAACAAGAAUUAACCUAUAUGUUUAAUAUGCCAGAUGGUGAAAAUACUAAGGUUGAGAACAUAGGUGGCCAAAAACAGCAAUCCGAAAUAAGUGAUAAUGUUGAGUAUCACAAGCUAACAUCCAGAUUCAAAUUUCAGAAGCCAUUUAGACGUCCUCUAUUCAAUUAUGAAAAGAUUGAUAAACCAAAGCAUGCAAAGUCAUCUACUGAUUAG